AUGGUGACGGCGGACUUUACUCCAACACUGCAGUGUGGGGUUCCACGGUCUGGCCUGAUGGGAGCCGGCGUGGUUAACCCUGCUAGAAUACCAGCACAAAGUCCACGUACGCGUCGAGGAGCUAGUGUUCCUUUUGGGGAACCCACUCCUGCUCAACCUCCUUCAGUGCAUGCUCCUGGAGUUCCAGGCCUUGUACCUCAAACUGUAACCCAAGGAGUAGCACCACCACCUGAAGCUCUCCAAAGCUUUAAGCCAGUGUUUGUGUCACCACCACCACCACCCCCAAUGCCUUCAGUUCAGCAAGCACCAGUGGAAGACAGUAAAAUCAAUCAAAGCUUAAUUUUGUCAAAGGUACUGAAGGAAGCAAGACAGUUGGGAUGCAAUGGUUUUGAUGGUUCAGGUGAUGCCAUGGCUGCCAAGGAAUGGUUAAAGAGGUUGGUUGCUACUUUUGAAGACAUGGGCAUAGAAGAUGAGUUGAAACUAAAAGUUGGAGGUCGUUCAGAUAUACCAUUGACUUGGUCAGAUUUUCUGCAUGAGUUUGAUAAACAAUAUUACACUCGAUUUUACCUUGACCAGAAACGGCAAGAGUACAUGAAAUUGGUUCAGGGAAACAAGGCAGUGGCAGAAUAUGAAGCAGAAUUGAAGGAAUUGGCAAAUUUUGUGCCUGAAGUUGUUGGUGGUGAAGAAGCUCUAUGUUCCAAGUUUGAGGCAGGACUGAACCUUAGUAUCAGAGAGAAGAUAGCAAUUACUGGGAAUCAAAGCUUUAAGGAAGUGGUUCAGUUUGCAUUGAGGGCUGAGAAAUUGGUUCUUGAAGGUAAACGCCUUCGUGAAAAUCUAGCUAAGAGAAGAAAUCCAAAUUUUUCAAGGGCAUCCAAGCGCAGCAAGAGCGAGGAUACUUCUUCAGGUUUUUCAGGGUACAGCUCAGUCAAACCGCCAUCAGGGCAAGCUGGCAGUCAGAAAGGCGCAACAUCUGCGAGUGGCAGUUAUGGAGGAAAAUCAACUGGAAAUGUUCCCAGAUGCCAGAACUGUAACAGAUUUUAUCCGGGUCAAUACCGUGAGCCACGCAGAUGCUAUCAGUGUGGUCAGACUGGUCACCUUAAGUCAGCAUGUCUAGAGUUAGACCGUGGAACACCAGGGUUAACACCUCCUAGUGCGGGACGACAGAGUCAAUCCAAGGGUCUACCGCCUACUGCUUCUACACAUGUUGCCCCAACCAUAUCAGUUGCUGUUAGUAAUAGUCCACAAGAUGGAACAGCGCGACCUCAGACCCGUUCUCAGACCAGAGUUUUUGACAUGACCAAUGAGGAAGCUGAGGACAGACCUAACGUGAUUACAGGUACUGUAUCCAUUUUUCAGCAUGAUGCAUAUGUUUUGAUAGACUCAAGGUCAGAGAGAUCUUUUGUUAGCACUGUAAUCUCUUGUCAUGCCGAUAGGAUAGCCUCCCCAUUAUACUGUGAACUUUUGAUCCAAACACCUCUACGUGAAGUGAUUAUCAGAGAGGUACUUUUUCAGGGAUGUCCUAUCAAAGUGAAGGGUGUAGAUUUUGAGGUAGAUCUGAUUCCUUUGGAGAUGCGAGAUUUUGAUGCCAUACUUGGUAUGGACUGGUUAAACAGGCAUAAGGCUUCCAUUGACUGCUUCAGGAAGGAAGUAACUUUGCAAACUUCUCUUGGACUGAGUAUUGUGUUUAAGGGUGAAAGGAAGGUUCUUUCAAGGUGUGUGAUAUCUUCUGUGGAAGCAAGGAAACUUGUACGCAAGGGAUGUGAGGUAUACUUGGCUCACAUAAUAGAUACAAUAAUUGCUGGACCAAACCUCAGGGAUGUUGCAAUUGUUCAGGAGUUCGAGGAUGUAUUUUUUGAGGAAUUGCCUGGAUUACCUCCUGACCGAGAGUUUGAGUUUGUUAUUGAUUUGCUACCGGGUACUGCUCCAAACUCCAUUCCUCCAUAUCGCAUGGCACCACAGUACUUAAGGAGUUGA